AAAAAGGUGAAACAACCCCCGCAAUUUCAAAACAAUGAAAAUUUUUCGGCUCCGUCUCAAAACAGUUGUGAAAAUUUAAGAAACUAUUGUUUUUCCUUGUUAAAAGCAUGUUCGAGUGGUAGUUUGAGUGGUUUUCUUGUUCAGAUAGUGAGACUUUAUUCGGGAAACAAAAAACUUUUGAAAACAAACGUAAUCUAGUUCCGUUUCCGGAAUGUCCAAUCCGAAUCGAUUUACUUCGCCCACUCCAUCGGCGGCCACGGUCGCCUUGAUAGGACCGAGUACCAGCGGCAGUGUGGGGUCCGGCAUAGUUUCCGGGGUUCCGACCGGUCCAAUUCCGAGUGCCGCCAACAAAUGGAAGCGGAUGCUGGAAUGUGACGAAUUUGUGGGGGCGCGACGUUCCAAACAUACCGUGGUAGCGUACAAGGAUGCCAUUUACGUGUUCGGUGGGGACAAUGGCAAGAACAUGCUGAACGAUUUGAUCCGCUUCGGGGUCAAGGAUAAAUCCUGGGGAAGGGCUUUCUCAACCGGAACACCUCCUGCGCCCCGCUAUCACCAUUCGGCUGUCGUUCACGGAACUUCGAUGUUUGUCUUUGGAGGGUACACCGGGGACAUCCAUUCGAACUCGAAUCUUACCAACAAGAAUGAUCUUUUUGAGUAUAACUUCCAAAAUGGACAGUGGACCGAGUGGAAGUUCGUAGGCCGGACAAAUCCGGUCCCGAGGAGUGCCCAUGGGGCGGCCGUUUACGAUAACAAGCUGUGGAUCUAUGCUGGAUACGAUGGCAAUGCCCGGUUGAAUGAUAUGUGGACCAUCCGGUUGACUGGGGAUACCCAUCAGUGGGAGGAAGUGCAGCAAAAGGGUGAGCGGCCUCCGACGUGUUGCAACUUUCCGGUGGCCGUGGCCCGUGGUUGCAUGUACGUUUUUUCGGGCCAGAGCGGACUGCAAAUUACCAACACCUUGUUCCAGUUCAACUUCAAGGAUAACACUUGGCGUCGUAUCUCAAACGAACACAUCCUCCGGGGAGCUCCUCCUCCACCGGCACGUCGUUACGGACACACAAUGGUUCACCACGAUCGUUUCCUGUACGUGUUCGGUGGGGCCGCCGAUUCGACCCUUCCUAACGAUCUGCACUGCUACGAUCUGGACUCACAGGUCUGGUCCACGAUUAUUCCGGCCCAGGAAUCACAGGUACCCAGCGGAAGGUUGUUCCACGCGGCCGCCGUCAUCGGAGACGCCAUGUACAUCUUUGGCGGGACGAUCGACAACAACGUAAGGAGUGGGGAUAUGUACCGGUUCCAGUUCUCAAGCUAUCCCAAGUGCACGCUGCAGGAUGAUUUCGGAAAGUUCUUGCAGAACCGGCAGUUUUGCGAUGUGCAAUUUGUUGUUGGAACGGAUGAGGUAAAGGUUCCGGCUCACAUAGCUAUGAUCGUGGCGCGAUCGCAAUUUUUGCGGUCCAAGAUACUUGCUGCACGUGAGGCAAGGAAUUUGCACUUCGAAAAGCUGUUUGGAACGACAGAGGUUCCUUUUGCGGAGCGCCCAAUUUUGGAAGUGCAACUGCCAACUGCCCAACCGGAAGCUUUCGAGAUGGUUCUCAAUUAUAUUUACACUGAUCGGAUCGAUUUCAAGGAUCCAUUUUGCAACAAAAUCGUACUCCUAAUGAUGGACGUCUAUCAGUUGGCCGUUCAGUUCUACAUUCCGCGGCUGGAACAGCUUUGCGUACAGUAUUUGGAGUUCAAAAUUUCGAAAUCUAACGUCCUAGAUGCUCUGUACAAUGCCGAUCGGAUGGGUUUAACGUUGAUCAAAGAUCACUGUCUGGGAUUCAUCACCAAGGAAGAUCACUUCUACGAUAUCGUAAUGUCCCCGGAGUUUGCCGCCCUUGAGAAACCUCUGAUUGUGGAAAUUAUUCGGAAACGGUUGAAUCCGAGCAAACAUUCAACGGAUAUGAAAUAUGACAAGACUAUUGGAACUUCGCUGGAGAACGAUAUGGCAGUGUUUCUUAAAUCCAGCGGAAAGGAUUUCUGCGAUAUCAAUCUGGUGCUGGAGGGAAAAGUGAUUCCGGCGCACAAAAGCAUUCUGGCUGCUCGGUGCACCUAUUUCCAGGCUAUGUUCCGGUCUUUUAUGCCCGCUGAUAAUACUGUUAAUAUCCAAAUUGGCGACAUCUCCCCGUCACAAGAAGCUUUUAGCUCCCUGCUCCGGUAUAUCUACUACGGUGACACCAAGAUGCCCCCGGAAGAUUCCCUCUAUCUUUUUCAGGCUCCCUGCUUCUACGGAUUCACCAACAAUCGAUUGCAGGCCUUUUGCAAGCACAACCUAGAAAACAACAUAACCUACGACAACGUGCUCCAAAUACUGGAAGCCUCGGACAAGAUGAACGUUCCGGACAUCAAGAACUACGCCCUUCGAAUGGUGGUUCACAACUUCAACCAAGUGGCCCGGCUACCGAAAAUGCAGGAACUGACUCGGGAGCUGCUCCUGGACGUCAUCAUGGCUGUGGCCGAAACCAAAGGCGAGGGCAAACAGAUCUGUCACGAUUCGACCUUUGUCAGUUUGUACAGUGACAUUUGAAGGAUAGCAUUUCUGCAACCGGUUCUUAGCAUCCUUCUGGCCUGGUUGAGGAACAAUAACGAGUUCCCGUAAGCUGGAUUCUCUAAGGAUAUGGUGGCAUAUACUCAGUAUUUCUCAUUGACUAUUGAAAAAAGAACAUUUAUCGUUAAUCAUUGUUUCCAGUGGAUAAUGUGUAGAUCUAUUGCCUAAAAUCGAUGUGCAAGAAAAUUAGACAACUCUAAACUUUGUUGAUGUUUGCUGCAGCGCAGACUGCACCAGAUUCUAUCGUUCUAUUAUCUCAGAAUAGAUAUCUAUUCGUGGUACCUAUACUUUACUAUAAAGUGUUGUACUUCAUUCGUAUAGCUUUUAAUGAUUUGAUGUCUAGAUG